AUGUCUUCCAAGAAACAAGCUGGAACUAAUCCCUUUGAAGAUGAUGUCGCUUCGUCGCCCUUUGGUGAUGAGUUCACAUUUGAAGGGCUUAAUCAGGACCCCAUUAGAAAUAAUAAUCUAGAUAUUCAUGAAUCCUUAGAAAGUUUAUCUCUAAGUGAUGGCCGUAAUGAUGAUAUCCAUUCCUUUGAGGCAACUCCACAGAUUAAUAGUAAUGCUGGGAAUACUGGUACUUUCGACGAUAUUCAAUUAGAAAAUGAUAUGUCUGAACAGACUGAUAACACACAUAUGAAGAGAAUGAGAGUAGGCACUCAACGGAAACCGAAUGGUAAUCCAUUGGUCGGAAGAGCAAAGACUUUGAAGUGGGCUGAACGAAAUUUUAUUAAUCCAAUUGAAGAAUUUGUAAGAGGUGAUGAGGAAGAUGAAGAUGGUGAUAACAAUCAUGCAGAUCAACUAAGAACAAUUUACUAUAAUAUGCCUCUACCUGAUGACAUGCUGGAUGCCGAGGGGAAACCAAUUGCUGAAUAUGCUACAAAUAAAAUUAGAACCACAAAGUACACACCACUGACAUUUUUACCUAAGAAUAUAUUAUUUCAAUUUACAAAUUUUGCCAAUAUUUAUUUCUUAGUGUUAAACAUUUUAGGUGCAUUUCAAAUAUUUGGUGUUACAAAUCCUGGUUUGAGUGCUGUGCCAUUAGUGGUCAUUGUUAUCAUUACUGCAAUUAAAGAUGCUAUGGAAGAUUCAAGACGUACCGUUCUUGAUUUAGAAGUGAAUAACACAAAUACACAUAUUUUGAUAGGUGUUCAAAAUGAUAAUGUAUCAGCAGAUAAUGUUUCAUUGUGGAGAAAAUUUAAAAAAGCAAAUUCGAGAUUAUUGUUUAGAUUCAUUCAAUACUGUAAGAGUCGUUUCACCGAGGAAGGUAAACGUAAACGUGCUAUGCGUAAACGUAAUCAACUGAGAGCUCAAAGAGUAGCUCAAACAAGUGGUAAUGCACCCCGUGGCUCACUUGAUUCUGUAGGAAGCUAUAGAUACUCAACUGACUUGGGACGUGCUUCCCUGGAUUAUUCCAAUGAAGUAGAUGGCGCGAUUGCAGCGUCUGUGAUGGACCGUACUUUACCACCUAGAACAGAUUGCAAAUUCGAAAAAGGGUUUUGGAAAAGUAUAUCUGUAGGUGAUAUCAUUCGUAUUCAUAAUAACGAUGAAAUUCCUGCCGAUGUUAUUUUGCUAUCUACCUCUGAUGCAGACGGUGCUUGUUACGUUGAAACCAAGAAUUUGGAUGGUGAAACAAACCUGAAAGUUCGUCAAGCUCUUAAAUGUAGUCAAACGAUUAGAAGUUCAAGAGAUGUUGCUAGAUCCAAAUUUUGGGUUGAAAGUGAAGGUCCUCAUGCAAACUUAUAUUCUUACCAAGGUAAUGCCAAAUGGGUUGAUUCCAAGGACGGUGAUUUAAAGAAUGAACCUGCUUCUAUUAAUAAUAUGCUAUUACGUGGUUGUACUCUAAGAAAUACUAAAUGGGCAAUGGGUAUCGUGGUAUUCACAGGUAGUGAAACUAAGAUCAUGUUAAAUGCUGGUGUUACUCCAACUAAGAAGUCAAGAAUCUCAAGAGAGUUAAAUUUCUCGGUCUUAAUGAAUUUCUUAUUAUUAUUCAUUAUUUGUUUCAUUUCUGGUAUUAUCAACGGUGUUUAUUAUGAUAGACAUCCAAGAUCAAGGGACUAUUUUGAAUUUGGUACUGCUGCCGGUAGGGCUGCCACCAAUGGGUUUGUGUCCUUUUGGGUAUCUGUUAUUUUAUUCCAAUCUUUGGUUCCUAUCUCCUUAUAUAUUUCUAUUGAAAUUAUCAAAACCGCUCAAGCUGCAUUUAUUUAUGGCGAUGUUUUGUUAUACAAUGCCAAACUUGAUUACCCAUGUACACCAAAAUCUUGGAAUAUUUCCGAUGAUUUAGGUCAAAUAGAAUACAUUUUCUCUGACAAGACUGGUACUUUAACUCAAAAUAUUAUGGAAUUUAAAAAGUGUACAGUUAAUGGUGUCACAUAUGGACGUGCGUAUACUGAGGCUUUGGCUGGUUUAAGAAAGAGACAAGGUAUUGAUGUCGAGGAAGAAGGUCGUACUGAGAGAGAAGGUAUAUCCAAGGAUAGAGACGUAAUGAUCGAUGAAUUAUCGAGACUGUCAAACAAUUCUCAAUUCUAUCCUGAUGAGAUUACUUUUGUCUCUAAAGAAUUUGUCCAAGAUUUAAAAGCUCAAAGUGGUGAGGAACAACAAAAAUGUUGUGAACAUUUCAUGUUAGCUCUGGCCUUGUGUCAUUCUGUACUUGUCGAACCAAGUAAUAAAGAUCCAAAUAAGUUAGAAAUUAAGGCCCAAUCACCCGAUGAAGCAGCUUUAGUAUCUGCUGCUAGAGAUAUGGGGUUCAGUUUUGUCGGUAAAACAAAGAAGGGGUUAAUUAUUGAAAUUCAAGGUAUUCAAAAGGAGUUUGAAAUUCUAAAUCUAUUAGAGUUUAAUUCAACUAGAAAGAGAAUGAGUUGCAUCGUUAAGAUCCCAGCAGCCAAUCCAGGCGAUGAACCUAGAGCAUUAUUAAUCUGUAAAGGUGCUGAUUCUAUUAUCUAUUCAAGAUUAAGUGUUGAGAAGGGUGCAAAUGACGAAAAAUUAUUAGAAAGAACUGCUCUACAUUUGGAACAAUAUGCCACUGAAGGUUUAAGAACUCUAUGUAUUGCUCAACGUGAAUUAUCUUGGUCUGAAUAUGAAAGAUGGAAUGCUAAAUACAAUGUUGCUGCAUCGGCUGUCUCCGACAGAGAAAAGAAACUUGAUGCAGUUUCUGAAGAAAUGGAACGUGAUUUAAUACUACUAGGUGGUACUGCCAUUGAAGAUCGUCUACAAGAUGGUGUUCCUGACUCUAUUGCAAUUCUUGCUGAGGCGGGUAUUAAACUAUGGGUUUUAACUGGUGAUAAAGUGGAAACUGCUAUUAACAUUGGGUUUUCGUGUAAUUUAUUAAACAGUGAUAUGGAACUAUUAGUCAUCAAGAGUGGUGGUGAAGAUGUUCAAGAUUUAGGUUCUGAACCUGAAGAAGUUGUUGAUAAUUUAAUCUCCAAAUACUUACACGAGAAAUUUGGACUAAGUGGUACAGAAUUAGAAUUAGCUGAUUCCAAGAAUGAUCAUGAUCAACCAAGUGGUAAUUUUGCUGUGGUGAUUGAUGGUGAUGCUUUAAAGGUUUCAUUGUCCGAUGAAGUUGUUAGACGUAAAUUUUUAUUGUUAUGCAAAAAUUGUAGAGCUGUUCUAUGUUGUAGAGUAUCUCCUGCCCAAAAAGCUGCUGUGGUUAAAUUGGUUAAGAAUACCCUUGAUGUUAUGACUCUUGCUAUUGGUGAUGGGUCCAAUGAUGUUGCAAUGAUUCAAUCUGCAGAUGUUGGUGUCGGUAUUGCUGGUGAAGAAGGUCGUCAAGCUGUGAUGUGUUCUGAUUAUGCAAUUGGUCAAUUUAGAUAUUUAACAAGAUUAAUUUUAGUUCAUGGUAGAUGGUCGUAUAAGAGAUUAGCUGAAAUGAUUCCUGCAUUUUUCUAUAAGAAUGUUAUCUUCACUAUGGCUUUAUUCUGGUAUGGUAUUUAUAACAAUUAUGAUGGUUCUUAUUUGUUUGAAUAUACUUAUUUGAUGUUUUACAAUUUAGUGUUUACUGCAUUGCCAGUUAUCUUUUUAGGUAUUUUGGAUCAGGAUGUCAGUGAUACUGUAUCAUUGGUGGUACCUCAAUUAUAUCGUGUUGGUAUUUUAAGAUUGGAAUGGAAUCAACGUAAAUUUUUAUGGUAUAUGUUUGAUGGGUUAUAUCAAUCUUUAAUAUCAUUUUUCUUCCCAUAUUGUGUGUAUAAGAGAACUAUGGUUGUUACAAAGAAUGGGUUAGGAUUAGAUCAUCGUUAUUAUGUUGGUAUAAUGGUUGCUUCAAUUGCUGUUAUAUCAUGUAAUUUAUAUGUUUUAUUACAUCAAUAUAGAUGGGAUUGGUUUAGUACGUUAUUCAUCGGAAUAUCAUGUAUAUCGUUAUUCUUUUGGACUGGUGUUUGGUCAAGUUCAUUGAAAUCUCAUGAAUUAUUUAAAGGUGCUGCUAGAAUCUAUGGAUCUCCAACGUUUUGGGGUGUAUUUUUCAUUGGGAUCAUGUUUUGUUUAUUGCCAAGGUUCACAAUAGAUUGUUACAAUGAUUUCUUUUACCCUAAAGAUGUCACCAUUAUUCGUGAAAUGUGGGCUCGAGGUGAUUAUGAUCAGUACCCUAAGGGUUAUGAUCCCACCGAUCCAAACAGACCCAAAAUCAACAAAAACCGUAGAGGUGGCCACCCUGGGAUUGAGAUGGAUAGAUACUUUACACAGGGUUCCAAUGGUUCUCAUGACAGUAUAAUGACAGAGGAGAUUCCUAUGAGAGUGCUAAACAAUGAACAUACCGGUGCUCCAACGGGAAUCAAAGUUGGAGACGGAAAUACUGCAAGACAAUCAAGACAAUGGAAACGUCCUACUGGCACGUCGCCGAAGGAGACACAGGACUUGUUGUUCUCACCAAAUAUGGAACAGAACGAUCCUAACGAUAUAGAGAAUCCAUUUACUGGAUAUAGAACGUCGCUAGAUCAAACCAGACAAGAGAUGUUGGAUACUAAUGCGUUGGACAAUAGAUACAGUGUUGACCGUGCACGCAUAUCGUUGGAUUUACCAGGUGUCACCAAUGCGAACAACUUAAUCGACGCCAGGAAGAGUUUCCAAAACAACCGUUAA